AGCUCCCCCAAGGUGCAGGUGUACAGCCGUAACCCAGGGGAACAUGGGAAGGACAACACCCUGAUCUGUCACGUGAGUGGCUUCCACCCCCCUGACAUCAGCAUCCAGCUCCUGAAGAAUGGUGUGGAGAUCCCAGACGCCAAGCAGACAGACCUGGCCUUCGAACAGGGAUGGCAGUUCCACCUCACCAAGAGUGUUGGAUUCACACCAGACAGCGGAGAGGAGUACACCUGCAGAGUCCGCCACCUGAAGAAUCUGAAGACCUACACCUGGGAGUCAAAUAUGUAAGGAUCUGGAGCAGGACUUAAUGGGGGGCGUUCCAUCUGUGGCCAGCCCUACACUAGAGCUGAGAUGACUGUAAUUUCCCCUCUCAACAUGGGCUUUCGUUUUCAUUUUUGAUAACACUUUGUGCCAAGGUGCCAGUUUCAAGGGUUUUGAGUUUUAGAGAAUCAUUACUAAACACUUAAAUGAUUAAAGUUGUGUAGGUGACCUCUUCUAGAAAAGCUGCCAGUAUUUCUGGCUGAGAAUCGCAUUCUCUUCUUUAAAAACAAUAAUUAAUGAUUGAUCAAGUAUUUUCAUUGUAUUUUUUUUUAGAUGUGUGGGGACUCCUUGUAGUCCUUUAAUAUCCUUGAAGUUGGUACCAUUAAGUGUGAGCACAACAUUUUUACAUAAUUUUAAACACCUAUGUUAAUGUGGUUUUAGUUACAAGCACAAAUUGUCAACAAUGUCAAAUCUGAUAUUUGAUUAAAAAUAUAUUUAAAAGCCCAAA